AUGGUUGUCUAUGACAGUGCACACGGUGCACAGCUGGUGACUUCGGUGCCCAAACUUUGGCCCAGGUGCAUUUUGGUUUGUGUCUUCACAAUGAUCUUCAUGAACGUGAGCACUUUCCGCAAGGAGAUGAACAAGCAGAUCGAUAGCAUUUCGCAGUCGGUCACAGAGAUGUACCGCAUGUACAGGGGCUACGAAAAUUCCGUCCGCACUUGGCUCGGUGGCGAAAACUUCUUGGGCGUAACGUUCAUCAACUUUGACGGCGCUCAUGCCAGCGACUUGGAGAAUGUUGCAGAUGUGAACUUUGUGGUGCCUGAACUGGGAUUGCGCCUCACAGGAAAAUCCGUGGUGGACGAUUUGUUGCCGCAGGACGAGAAACUCAAACAACAACUCUUGAAGUACACAGCGU